GUAGCUUGCGACGUUAAAUCCUACCUUUUACUCUCUACAACUUUGAUGGCUUCUUCUCGUCACCAUUAUUUUGUCACGCCAUAAUAGGUCUUCUAGCUUCGGGGUUCUUUUCUAUCUCGAAAUUCAUGUUCUUUCUUCCUGUCAUUCACGCGUGUUGAAAUUAUACAAAUAUCAGAUCUCCUGAUUAAUCUAUUUAGCUUAUACAAAUUAGGCUCGGCCUCUCCUCUGUCGCAGCCUGCAUCCCGAAGUUCCCAGGCUGUCCAGGCAGUUGAAAAUGGGGGGGCAUAAGACAACAGCGACGGUUGCGUCGGCUGGUAUAAGAAUCGGUUCGAUUAUAUUCCUUCGAUGGGUCGCCUUACCCCCUAUCAUUUCCGUAAUAUACACUCUAUUCGCGAUUUAUAUCCCGUCUUUCGUGUUGGGUUACCUCAAUGAAUCCAAGUAUGAACUUCUUGAUGAAGUCGACGUGGUAUUAAAGGAAGACAUAUUAAAUAAAGACGAGGUCGCAAAUGGAACUACUGAUGAAGCUGUCGUGGUUGAAGAGGUUGACGUGGAGGAGACUGCCACAUUAAGGCAGAAACCGUUGAAUCCUCUCAGCACUCUUCUGAAGGGAACUCCGAACCCGAACAGCUUUAUGCUCACGGCGCUCACAUUUCUCAUCAAUGCCGCAUGCAUCGCGAUGGUCACUGACAUGGUAUAUACACCUCGAUGGUCCCAUCCUAGCCAUGACCUUUCUUUUGCUCGUCUUGGAUACGUUUCGGACACUGAAGCGAAAUUGCUGAUCCGAGAGCCUGAUCAAUCCAAGAUGCCUAUUACGGUUCAAGUUCACAUCAAGGAUGCCAAACCACCUUUUGAUAAUCCUCUAUGGCAAACUGCUGGCAAUAUCAAGUUGACUACUAAUGAGACCGACUAUACCGCAGUAGUCACUCUCCCCCUGACUCAUUCCAAACAGCGGACAUACGAAUGGACCACAUCGAACAACCAUUCCGGUGAAUUCACAUCCGCCCCUAAGCCAGGGACUAUGCCAGAACUGUUUGAUGGGAAAUUCACUUUCCUUUCCACCUCGUGCAUCGUUCCCCGUCUUCCAUACAACCCUCUUGACCACCCUCUAGCUUUCCCAGGAAUGAAACAUUUGGCCAAGGUUUUACCGGAUCUGGGCGCGCAAUUUAUGUUGUUCCUCGGAGAUUUUAUCUACAUCGAGGUACCUAAGCGAUUUGGCGAAUCUGUGGAGCACUAUCGGCAGAAGUAUCGUCAGGUUUACGCCUCGCCCGACUGGUCUGCGGUAGGCCAGAAUCUCAGCUGGAUUCAUGUGCUGGACGACCAUGAGAUCUCCAACGACUGGGACUCGAACUCGACUGGCAUAUAUCAGACUGCUGUAGACCCGUGGCACCAUUACCAGACUGUGGCGAACCCUCCGGUGGCUAAGAAGGCCGGAACUCAGAGCCUCGUAUCGCGCGAAGAAGCCACUUACUUCUCUUUUACUCAAGGACCUGCUAGCUUUUUCAUGCUCGACACUAGAUCCUAUCGUUCCAAGAACUCCGAGCCAUUUGAUAGCCCAAACAAAACGAUGCUUGGUGAGACACAGCUUGGAGAUUUCCUUGAUUGGUUGCGCCACCCAGAACCAAAGGGAGUACAGUGGAAGGUCGUUGCCAGUUCCGUCCCCUUCACGAAGAAUUGGAGGGUGAACACCAGAGAUACUUGGGGCGGAUUCCUUUCUGAGCGUAGAAAGAUCCUGGAAGCGAUGUGGGAUGCGAGCAGCCAGCUUGGAGUAGGUGUCAUUGUCUUGUCUGGUGACCGCCAUGAAUUUGGUGCGACUGCUUUCCCACCACCAAAGAAUGGUACGUGGCCGGAGAGUGCGACAGUCCAUGAAUUCUCGGCAAGCCCCCUAAACCAGUUCUACUCGCCUAUCGGAACUUACUCGCAGACGGAUGAUGAGGAUGUUGAACUGAAGUACAUAAACAAGGGCAAUUCCAAAUUUGGCGUGAUCACGAUCGAGAAGUUCGCGGGAGGUGAGCAGAGCAGCUUGAAGUACACUGUCUACAUCGACGGCGUAGACAAGUGGAACACCGUGGUCUUGUCUCCAGAGCCACCAGCACAACCCGCGAAGGCUACAGGUGGUUCUUUCUGGGAUAGACUCCGCGGGCUUUAAUCGAGUCGCUUUCUUCUAGGUACUUAGGUACACUUAUAGGAAAUUACAUAGCUCUACGCUCACGCGCUGGAUGUUAGGGAUAUGGAUGCAAUAAAAUAAUGAUUUUUUAAUGGAAAAAGGAGGCGUUGUAAGGCCUUGCGCGAGCUACGAUUUCUAGACGUAAAUAAUUCCACCCUCUUUUUAGAUAUACCGCGUAAUAUCCAAUUACUCUCUCUUAAAGCCAUGUUUAACCUGAAUGUACUAUA